CCCCUUAAAGGGGCCGAGCCCCCGCCGUCCCCCUCCCCACGCCGCGGGGGGGUCCCACCCGCGAGCGGGGUGGGUGUGCAAGCACGGCCAUGCAGCAGGUCCUGGACAACCUGAUGGGGCUCCCGGGGACCCCGGGGGUGGCGGACCUUGACCUCAUCUUCCUCCGCGGUAUCAUGGAGAGCCCCAUCGUCCGCUCCCUGGCCAAGGCGCACGAGCGGCUGGAGGAGCGGAAGCUGGAGGCGGUGCGCGGGGACAACCUGGCGCUGGUGCAGGAGAUCCUGCGGGACAUCGGGCGCCUGGCGCGGCCCGAGGCGCAGGGAGCGGCGGCGGAGCUGGCCCGGAUCCUGCGGGAACCGCACUUCCAGUCGCUGCUGGAGACCCACGACUCGGUGGCUGCCAAGAGUUACGACCCCCCCCCGAGCAGCCCCGGCCCGGAGGCCUCGCUGGGGUCGCAGCCCGUGCCCCCCGACGCCGUGCGCAUGGUGGGCAUCCGCAAGGCAGCCGGGGAGAACCUGGGGGUGACGUUCCGGGUGGAGCGGGGGGAGCUGGUGAUCGCCCGCAUCCUGCACGGGGGGAUGGUGGCGCAGCAGGGGCUGCUGCACGUGGGGGACGUGAUCCGCGAGGUGAACGGGAGAGAGGUGGGCAGCGACCCUCGGGCGCUGCAGGACAGCCUGCGCCACGCCAGCGGCAGCGUCGUGCUCAAGAUCCUGCCCAGCUACCAGGAGCCCCACCCGCCCCGCCAGGUGUUUGUCAAGUGUCACUUCGACUACGACCCGGCCACCGACAGCCUCAUCCCCUGCAAGGAGGCUGGGCUCAAGUUCAUGGCCGGGGACCUGCUGCAGAUCGUCAACCAGGAUGACCCCAACUGGUGGCAGGCGUGCCACGUGGAGGGUGGCAGCGCGGGGCUGGUGCCCAGCCAGCUGCUGGAGGAGAAGCGCAAGGCUUUCGUCAAGCGGGACGGGGAGGUGGCUCCCUCCUCAGGGGCCCUUUGUGGCAGCCUCAGCGGGAAGAGGAAGAAGAGAAUGAUGUACCUGACGACGAAGAACGCCGAGUUCGACCGGCACGAGCUGCUGAUCUACGAGGAGGUGGCGCGGAUGCCGCCGUUCCGCCGGAAAACGCUGGUACUGAUCGGGGCUCAGGGCGUGGGGCGCCGCAGCCUCAAGAACAAGCUGAUCAUGUCCGACCAGGCGCGCUACGGCACCACCAUCCCCUACACGUCCCGGAAGCCGAAGGAGAGCGAGCGGGACGGGCAGGGCUACCGCUUCGUGUCGCGGGGCGAGAUGGAGGCGGACAUCAAGGCGGGUCGGUACCUGGAGCACGGCGAGUACGAGGGGAACCUGUACGGCACCAGGAUCGACUCCAUCCGCGCCGUGGUGGACGCGGGCAAGAUGUGCAUCCUGGACGUGAACCCGCAGGCCGUCAAGGUGCUGAGGACGGCGGAGUUCGUGCCCUACGUGGUGUUCAUCGAAGCCCCCGGGCCCGAGAGGCUGCGAGCCAUGAACAGGGCGGCCCUGGAGAGCGGCGUGGCCACCAAACAGCUCACGGAGGCAGACGCCCAGCGCACGGUGGAGGAGAGCAGCCGCAUCCAGCGUGGCUACGGGCACUACUUCGACCUGAGCCUGACCAACGAUGACCUGGAGCGCACCUUCGGGCGGCUGCGGGAGGCCAUGGAGCACCUGCGCGUGCAGCCCCAGUGGGUCCCCGUCACCUGGGUCUAUUAGGGACCCCCGACCCCCCCUCUCAACCCCCCCAACCCACCUGGGGGGGCAGCUGGGGGCUGUGUCUCACCAUGAGCUUGCCGUGCUCACCCCCACGGGGGCAGGGGGGGGUUCUCUCCAGAGCCCCCCCAGGCUGAGCCCGACCCCUCUGUCCCCCCUGGUCUGCCCCAAAUCUGGGGAGGGGCAGAAGCGGCCGUGGGGUCUCAUGGGGGGCACAGCCCCCCCACAGCUGAGUCACUGCCAGAACCUGGGGAAGCCCCCCUGUCCCGGGUGGGGACCCCCGGAUUGGGGAUGGGGGGUGCGGGGUUUGGGGGGGGUCCCCUCCCUGUCCCCCAGGCCACAACCCCCCCUCAGGGACCCCCUUCCCCCCUUACCAGGGUGGAGGUCCCUCGCUGUCCCUCGUGUCCCCUGUCACCCCUUCCCAGGUAGCAAUAACCCCCGCCCCGUGCCCUGUAAUUAACCCUUAAUUAACCUUUAACCGACCUGGUAAUUAACCUUGUAAUUAACCCAGUGGGGGGAUGUGGCUGGGGACUCGCUGCGGAGGGUCUGGGGUGGUGACAGGGCGUGUCCCCAAGGGACAGGGACACGGGGGGUGCGGGGUGUGCCCCCGUGUCCCUCCUGCCCCGUGUCCCCUCAGUCCUUGUCGCCGUUCGCUCCUUUUUGGUACUUUGCUGUCGGUUUUAUUAAAGGAGAGAAAAAUGG